AUGAAGGUGGGACUCCAAAUUCAACGAGCCUUGCAAGGCUUGCUCAACAAGGCGGCGGUUGACGGCGGCGCGUACGGUCACCUCAUCCACCACUUCACCCGCCACCGUCUUCCUCUCCACGCGCUACAGCUCCACGCACGAAUCGUCCUCUUCUCCAUCACGCCUGACAACUUCCUCGCUUCAAAGCUCAUUAAUUUCUACACCCGAGAGAACCGAUUCUGCCGAGCCCUCCACGUGUUCGAGGAAAUUACAGUAAAAAAUGCCUUCUCUUACAACGCGCUUCUCAUCGCCUACGCUUCGCGCGAGAUGUACUCCGACGCUUUUAACCUGUUCUCGUCGUGGAUUAGAUCCUCCGUUACAGCUAGACCAGAUUCUGUUACCAUCUCUUGCGUGUUGAAGUCUCUCUCGGGUUACGAUGACUUCUUGUUGUGUUCGCUGGCUCAGCAAGUUCACGGGUUUGUUUUACGAGGUGGGUUUGAUUCCGAUGUCUUCGUAAGCAAUGGGUUGAUCACUUACUAUACAAAGUGUGAUGACGUCGUUUCUGCCCGGAAAGUGUUUGACGAAAUGCCUGAGAGAGAUGUCGUCUCGUGGAACUCUAUGAUAUCAGGGUAUUCUCAAAGUGGGUCGUACGAGGAGUGUAAAGAGUUGUAUAAAGCGAUGUUAGGCUGUCCUGAACUGAAGCCUAAUGGAGUCACUGUAAUAAGUGUAUUGCAAGCGUGUGGACAAUCAAGCGAUCUUGUUUUGGGGAUGGAGGUUCACAAGAAGAUCCUUGAGAAUCAUAUCCAGAUGGAUUUAUCUCUGUGUAAUGCUGUGAUUGGUGUUUAUGCUAAAUGCGGUAGCUUGGAUUACGCGAGAGCGUUGUUUGAUGAGAUGAGUGAGAAAGAUUCCGUGACCUACGGGGCUAUAAUAUCAGGGUACAUGGCUCAUGGUCUUGUCAAGGAAGCGAUGGCUUUGUUCAGUGAGAUGGAAAGCGUUGGUCUGAGUACGUGGAACGCUGUGAUUUCUGGUCUGAUGCAGAAUAAUCACCAUGAGGAGGUUAUAGAUUCGUUUAGGGAGAUGAUAAGAUGUGGCAACAGGCCAAACACGGUGACCCUCUCGAGCCUUCUUCCUUCGUUGACAUAUAGUUCAAAUCUGAAAGGGGGUAAGGAGAUCCACGGUUUCGCUAUCCGUAAUGUUUCUGACAACAAUAUAUACGUCGCUACCUCCAUUAUAGAUAACUAUGCCAAAUUAGGAUAUCUCCAAGGAGCUCAAAGGGUUUUUGAUAACUGUAGAGAGAGGAGCUUGAUUGUCUGGACUGCGAUUAUAACAGCGUACGCUAUUCAUGGGGACUCUGAUUCUGCUUGUAGUCUAUUUAACCAAAUGAUAUGUCUUGGGAUUAAGCCAGACAAUGUUACACUAACAGCUCUUCUUUCAGCUUGUGCACACUCUGGAGAGUCGGAUAAGGCGCAGAGUAUAUUUGAUUCUAUGGCAACAAAGUAUGGCGUCGAGCCUGGAGUGGAGCACUAUGCUUGUAUGGUAAGUGUUCUUAGCCGAGCUGGCAAACUUUCAGAUGCAAUGGAGUUCAUUUCUAACAUGCCAGUUGAACCAAUUGCUAAAGUUUGGGGUGCAUUGUUGAAUGGGGCCUAUGUUCUUGGUGAUGUGGAGAUUGCGAGGUUCGCUUACGAUCAUUUAGUUGAGAUGGAACCAGAAAAUACAGGGAGUUACACUAUCAUGGCGAAUUUAUACACUCAAGCAGGGAGAUGGGAAGAAGCUGAGAUGGUAAGGGAUGAGAUGAAAAGAAUCGGAUUGAAGAAAAUCCCUGGAACUAGCUGGAUCGAUACUGGUAAAGGAUUAAGAAGUUUCAUUGCGAAAGAUGGUUCCUGUGAGAGAAGCAAAGAGAUGUAUGAGACAAUAGAGUGCUUGGUUGAGUCGAUGAGUGACAAAGAUUAUAUCAUGAAACAAGAGCUUGAUGUAACUUAUUGAUUUGUUUGCCCUGAAGUCAAAUUCGUUCAAAGUUUCCUUUAUGGGCUUCUUGAGAAGAUACUAUGUAAUGAUUUUGUUUUCUAUGAUAUGUAGUUUUUGUUAUUGUUGUGAUAGAACAUAACGUUGAAUGGUCGGUAAAAAUAAAAUCAUAAUAACUUGAG